AAAUUUUUCAUUCCUAGUCAUCAUCAUCUCCAUAUGGGACCAGGGAAUGAUACCCGGAUUUCAAAGUUUCUUCUUCUGGGAUUAUCCAAGGAACCAGAACUGCAGCCUCUUAUAUUUGGGCUUUUCCUCUUCAUGUACCUGAUCACUCUGUUUGGAAACCUGCUCAUCAUCCUGGCUGUCAGCUCAGAAUCCCACCUCCACACACCCAUGUACUUCUUCCUCUCCAACCUGUCCUUUGUAGACACCUGUUUCACUUCUACCACCAUCCCAAAGAUGCUGGUGAAUAUACAGACAAAGAGCAAAAUAAUAACCUAUGAGGGAUGCAUAACCCAGAUGUUUUUUUCCAUACUCUUUGCAGGUUGUGACAACUGCCUCCUGGCUGUGAUGGCCUAUGAUCGUUUUUUGUCCAUUUGCCACCCCCUGCACUACAAUGUCAUCAUGAACCCCUGGCUAUGUGGACUUCUGGUGCUGGUGUCCUGGAUCAUGAGUGUCCUGAAUUCCUUGUUACAAAGCUUAAUGGUAUUGAGACUGUCCUUCUGUACAGACUUGGAAAUCCCCCACUUUUUCUGUGAACUCAAUCAGAUGGUCAAAGUUUCCUGUUCUGACACUUUUGUUAAUGACACUGUGUUGUAUUUUUCAACUGGGCUGCUGGCUGGUGGUCCCCUGGUUGGUAUCCUUUAUUCUUACUCUAAGAUAGUUUCCUCCAUAUGUAGAAUUUCAUCAGCUCAGGGGAAAUAUAAAGCAUUUUCCACCUGUGCAUCUCACCUCUCAGUUGUUUCCUUGUUUUAUUUUUCAGUCCUAGGAGUGUACCUUAUCUCAGCUGCUACCCACAGCUCAUACUCAAUUGCAACAGCCUCAGUGAUGUACACUGUAAUCACACCCAUGCUGAAUCCCUUCAUCUACAGUCUGAGGAAUAAAGACCUAAAAGGGGCUCUGAAGAGGUUCUAUGGGAUGGCUGUUGUAAAAUGGACAAUGGUCCUAGAGGUUAAGAAGUGUCCUUGA